UUCUUUGUUUACAUAUGGAGGGGGCGUGGUGAUCGCUAAUCAAAAUCAGUGAGCACUCCUAAUUCUCGUUUCAAAAUUUCCUAUUUCGCCUCGAUGAACAUGGACACGGAUUACUGGUCAUUCGGAUAUGCCCUUGCUGUCGUUCUGGGAGGAAUUAUGGGCUACGUCAAAGCAGGAAGCAUGAUGUCCCUGCUGGCUGGAGUCCUUUUCGGCGGCCUUGCUCUAAUCGGGGCUUAUCAGACAUCUCUCGAUCCAAAGAAAUUUCUCCUAUCAAUCGCUGUGUCGGCGUUGCUUUCGGGACUUAUGGGCUACAGGUAUAUAAAGACGUCCAAACUCAUGCCCGCUGGAUUGGUAGCGGUCUUGAGCAUUGCCAUGUGUUGCAGAAUACUCUGUCGUGCGUACGGCCCAUCUGGUGGACCCGUCAAACAGAGGAGCGUGGAUGAAGUGCGGCUACACGUUUGAAGAUCCCUUCGUGGAAGCCAGCACGGGCUUUUUCUUGGAGUGCAUUUUGUGUAUAGAGUGCAGAUAAACACCCAAGAGCACAA